CUCAUGAGUGCCAAAAGUCGUCUUCUUUCGUCCAGAAAAGCAAAAGAAAACGCAAUCAGAAUUCAGAAACAGCGGAGAAUCCCGCAGGUGAAGUAAACGAGGGAAGAGAGAGAAACAGAAACAGAAAAGAGAAAGAGAGAGAGAGAGAGCCAAAAUACACGUCGUGUGUACUGUCAAAUCUCGUAUACAGAAGACUCCAAUUGUAUAUCUCUCUCUUCUUUCUUGCUGAUGAUUUCAGGGUCUCUGCUUAAUCUCAGCCUUUGGGGAAUACCUGAUUUCGAUACCCUUUUUUGACGUUUCCGCAAAUAAUGUUCUUUAUGUUGCAGGUGUUUAAUUCUGGGUGUUUCUGAUUCAACACAAGGGAGAAGAAAAAGAAAAAAAAAACAAUGGAAGGUGAUAUAUUUUCAGGAAUUGGAAACGGAUCACAAUUAGGAGUUGAUGGGAAAGUACUACAAACAUUUCAAAAGAGCUUUGUUCAAGUCCAAAACAUUUUGGAUCAAAACAGACUGCUGAUCAAUGAAAUCAAUCAGAAUCAAGAAUCUAAACUACCUGUUAAUUUGACAAGAAACGUGGGUCUAAUCAGAGAACUCAACAACAAUGUUAAAAGAGUGGUUGAUCUUUAUGGUGAUCUUUCAAACUCUUUUAGCAAAUCAAUGGAUGCAUCAUCUGAAGCUGAGUCAGGUGGGACAACAAGAUCUGAUGGGAAAAAAAGAGUGAGGUCUGGCUAAAAUGCUAAUCAAAUCAAGUUCAACAUCUUUUAACAUCUCUUUUAGGAAUGAAAUAUCAUUUUCAUAAUUGGCAAUUCAAGCUACCAAAUAUCAUACCCAUGUUGUAAUUUUUGUUUAAAACGUCUCUUGUUUAGCUAUUCCACAUGAUUUAAGCAUGUUUUUAGGUUUCUUCUUCUUUUGUUAUAAAAUUGCAGUGGGGUUUCACCAAUAAUCACCAUGUAAUUUGGUUUUUGUAAUAAUACUCAUCUCUUUAUAAAUCAAGGGUUGUUCGAUA